GGUCAUACGGUCAUACCGUCUCUGAUAAAUAGCCAUAUAGGUUCCGAAAAUAUGAAAAAAGAAACACAAAAAAGAGAAACACAGAAGGGCCCCACGCGGGCCAAGACCUUGGGCCCACUUCAUUCGGCCAUUACCGCGUCGCCAACAGUAACCGACUGAAGCGGUUAACAUAACUCCCAGCUGUCGUCUUCUUCCUGGAACCCUACGACCUUCCCCAAUCUUCUUCUCCAUCUUCUGCAUUUCCUCUUCCAGUCCAAUUUUCUGUUCUUCUCUUUAAAAACUCGGAUUAUUUUUGAAAUUGGCAGAACCGACAUUCCACGGCCCGAGUGAAUUUCGGCCAAUCCUCAUCGUCUUCGGGAAUCCCGAAUUAUGUUUUCCCGUUUUGGCCCUACCCUUCAUUUCAAUUUACCUAUCUCUUCUCCAAUCUCUCACGGCUCGCUCUUGGGUGCCAACCACACCGCCGCCCGCUUCUGCUCCAGAUAAACUGCCUUUUUCCAUAUUCUUUCCCAACCCUAGCUUUUAUUCUUCAUCUUCUGAUAUUCUCAUACAGAAACAAUCGAAGCAAUAUAUAGACACAGAAUAGAAGUACAUUUUCCUAGUGAUAGAUAAUUUGUUCUUUGUUCGAUAUGGAUCACAGCUCCGGGAAGCCGAGCUUGUUGCGGAAUGUACUCGUCCGGCUGUUCCUGUUCUGCGUUGUCGUCAUCGGUAUCCGGUUCGCCUAUGUUGUCACUCUCCGAGGCGAGUCGUGUGACCUCGGAAACUUCUGCUUCUUCUCUCUGCGGGAGAAUCUUAACAUCGUCUCCGUCGCCAAAGAGCUCGGGAAACCGUCGUCGGCGGUUAUGACCGGCGAGGCUGACGGGAAAUCGGCUCUGGCUAAACCCAAGCACCCCGAUCUCUGGACCACCAAGGAUUUCCAGAAGGCCGCGAAGUUCUACUCGUCGGUGUUUCAAGAUCUGAUCGCGGACGGGUAUUUGAACCCUUAUUGGAAGGCCCUUUGUGUGGAUACCGAGAAGGGUUCCGAUGUUUUUGCCUUGAGAGAGAUCGGAGUCUCAGAUUCCAUCGGAGUUUCCAAGAAAGCAUCCAAGCCUCUGGUGGUGUCUGGUCAGGCUACAAAGCAGCCGUUUGAUGACAACUCCUUCGAUUUUGUCUUUUCCAGUGCCGGAAUGAUUGAUAAUUCGGUUCAUCCCGGGGCAUUCGCCGACGAGAUUUGCAGGACUUUGAAACCCGAAGGGUUUCUGGUUCUCCACACAGGUUCCAAUGACACGUAUAGUUUCAAUUCUUUGAUUGGUUUAUUCAAUUGCUGUAAAUUGGUAAAGUACAUAGAUAUUGCUGGAUUUGAUUCAAAAAUGCCUUCAAUUCGUCAAGUUAUUUUGCAAAAGUAUACUGAAGUGUCUGGACGUGGUUCACCAAACCCUAGUUCAGAUACUAAAUGCUCCGUUCCAGAUUACAAGCUGCAAUUGAUUAAAAAAGCUGAGCCUUUGAUUAGAGAGGAACCGAAAAAACCAUGGAUUACUCUGAAGAAGAACAUUGAACACGUAAAGUACUUACCAUCAAUGGCGGAUAUCAGUUUCAAGCAAAGAUAUAUAUACGUCGAUGUUGGAUCAAGAAGCUACGGUUCGAGCAUUGUGAGCUGGUUUAAGAAACAAUAUCCCAAACAGAACAAAACCUUUGAGAUUUAUGCCAUUGAGGCCGACAAGACUUUCCACGAGGGGUACAAGUCCAAGAAAGGAGUUGUCUUGCUUCCAUAUGCGGCUUGGGUGAGGAAUGAAUCCCUUUUCUUUGAGAUUAACCAAACCCCAGGGGACAAAGAUGUGGUAAAAGGUAGAGGAAUGGGAAGAAUUCAACCAGUUCAAACAUCAUCGGGCUUUGCCAGCGAUGUUGACCGGAUACAAGCAUUUGACUUUGCCGAAUGGUUGAAAAAUACAGUGACGGAAAGAGAUUAUGUGGUGAUGAAGAUGGAUGUGGAAGGGACUGAGUUUGAUUUGAUUCCGAGGUUAAUUGAGACUGGAGCAAUCUGUCUCAUUGAUGAGCUCUUUCUUGAAUGCCAUUACAACAGGUGGCAGAAAUGUUGUCCUGGGGAGAGGAGUGCCAAGUAUGAGAAAACAUAUGGGCAGUGUUUGAAUCUUUUCACUUCUCUUAGAAAAAGUGGAGUUCUUGUUCAUCAAUGGUGGUGAUCAGUCUAACUAUAUGUUCUUUUACUGAUAGAAAUUGUUUUAGUCAUUCUCUUAAGCUACUUUUCUUAUUUCAUCUGUAUCUAUUCUUCCAUUCUUGGACCUUCCCAAAAGAAAUCUUACUACCAUUAUUUUCUCAAAAUUGUUCCAUGCCUUCUAUUUGCCAUUCCAUGUUUUACAACCUCUUGUUAGGUGUAUAAAUAAAUAAUGUUGAGAUGUUGCUCACCAAGUGUAAA